AGCAGUUUCAUCCAGUUGAAUAUCUAUAAAAGUGGGAAGACAUUACCACCUCGGGACUCAAGACUCUUCCUCCGUUGUCGCUUCUUCUCGCCUCAAUCCUAUACCAGCGCCAAUGGAUCGCUCAACAUUCUCCGCCCAUGACUCGGUUGUGUAUAUUUGGCAACAGCUUGGUCUACCAGACAAUGCUUUGGAGUCACUCAAACUGCCGGUCGAUUCUGAAUGCCUUCUUUCUUCUUUCAAAGUGGACAUCCUUGCACAGUCUGCCAUCGCCGUAUCUGCACUUGCAGCAGCUCUCUACUGGUCUGUCAGGCAUGCAAACGUGAUACCACUCGUGACCGUUCCAGCCGAGCAUGCGUGUAUCGAGUUUAAAUCCGAAAGGCUCUAUACACUUGAUGGAAAAAUUGCUUCUCCGCCGUGGGGCACAAUUGGUGGAUUACAUAAAGCUUCCGACGGGUAUGUGAGAAUACAUGACUCAUUUCCAAAUACACGUCGGAACGUGCUGCAGAUCCUAGGGCUAGAUCUUGAUGCUUCUAAAGAUGAUGUUGGAAAAGAGGUCAUGAAAUGGGAGGCUGUCCAAUUAGAAGAUGAAGCUUUCCGGCGAGGAGCUGUCAUCGCUGCACUGCGAUCUUUUGAAGAAUGGGAUGCAUUACCACAAGCCCAAGCUAUUGCGGACUUUCCCAUCCUGAUGACGAAGGCUUCUCAUGUCACGCCUUAUAUGCCAUCGGUCCCAUCUGCAGUUGGAGGCAACAAAUGUUUAGGAGGCAUUCGCGUGGUUGAGAUGAGUCGAGUCAUAGCCGCGCCUGUUGCAGGCAAGACACUAGCCGCACACGGGGCAGACGUAAUCUGGAUCACAUCGCCAUCUUUACCUGCUCUUCCAGAUCUAGAUAUUGAUCUUUCGCGUGGAAAACGUACAGUACAGCUCAAUAUCGAGAAGAGCGAAGACAAAGUAAAGCUCUUGGAUCUGCUUUCAACAGCCGAUGUUUUCAUCCAGAGUUAUCGUCCCGGGACUCUUGCCUCAAAGGGACUCUCUGUAGAGGAGCUUCGCAAAGUAAAUCCCAACCUGAUUGUAGCAAGCCUAGAUGCUUACGGUCCCAAUGGCCCCUGGAGCCAGAAUCGUGGUUUUGAUUCGCUCGUUCAAACUUGCUCUGGUAUCAACGUUGCAGAAGCACAAAGGUGUGGUGAUAAUGAGCCGGCACGUGUGCUACCCUGUCAAGCUUUGGACCACGGUGCAGGAUACCUCCUAGCUUCUGGUAUCAUCACAGCACUGUAUAAGCGUGCUACCGAUGGAGAUAUUCAUGAAGUCAAGGUGUCAUUGGCCGGCGUCAUGAAGUAUUUACGGUCUUUGGGGCGCUAUGAAGGCAAGAGCGGGUUUGAUCGCAAAGACUUUAAGAACCCGCAAGACGUCGAGAGAUACCUGGAGUCUAGAGAGACAGCCUUUGACACUGCGAAGAUCGAGAACGUAGAAAUUGGUUGGGAGAUUAUGCCGAAGCCCCUGGGCAGUGACACUACUGUCUGGCUCGACCAUGCUCAUGGAUACUGA